CCAGGGGGGGUGGGAUGUGGCCGUGUGCGUGUUGAAAAGGGACCUCGUGUCGCCCGUCACUUUCACAUCGGUUGUUGAACAGGUGCCACCAACAUCCUACAAAAUUCCACUCGCGUUCCGGUUGAGCGAGCCACGCGAAAGGCACGAGAGCUGUGUAUAGCCACCGUCUUCCCUUCGGUUUCGGUUCUACCCACGCAAGUUAGUCGCAGUCGAGUUUUUUUUUUUUUUAAUUACUUUCAAUUCGCUGCGCUUUCAUGUAUUUCACGGAAAUGGAGAUCACAAAGACACAAAUAAGUCCUUGCGCGUACCGUUUACAGAUUUCGGAUAGCUUUGCGUCUCUACAGAAAGCUACGUCUCCAAGCAGCCCGGAGCGCGCAGCCCUGAAAAGGCAGCGUUGCAGCAGCCCGGAGCGCCUGAGGUGCACGCGCAGAUUGAACUUCGGAGCUCUCGGGCUCGGGGUCUCUCAGCAGCAGCCAGUGGCUGUGGCCAGGCGCAACGAGCGAGAGAGGAACAGGGUGAAGCAGGUUAACAUGGGCUUCCAGACUCUCCGCCAGCACGUGCCCAACGGCGCGGCCAACAAGAAGAUGAGCAAAGUGGAGACGCUGCGCUCGGCUGUGGAGUACAUCCGCGCGCUCCAAAGGCUUUUAGACGAGCACGACGCCGUAUCCGCUGCGUUCCGGUGCGGAGCCCCGUCUCCCACGGUCUCGAGCGCAUGCUCUGCUGGCCCAGAGUCUCCCCGCUCCGCCUGCUCAUCUGACGAGGGCGGAUACGAGCAACUAAACUCGGAAGAGCAAGAACUGCUGGACUUCGCCGCAUGGUUCGACGGAUUCUAAUCACAGGUGUGUUUGUUCCUGUGGUGGUGCUGAAAAGAACAGCGGUUUCGCCGGUGUUCAUUUCCGGAGCGCGCGUUACAUCAGAACGCGAUACAUGCGCGAGGAAAGUUCCGGGCGGCGCGCGCAACACAAAAGUAACUUCCACCUUGUGUUCCUCAGCCACGCGACAUGAAGUCCAAAACCCCGGACACCUCCUAAUGAUGUGAAUACAAGAACAUCUGGAGAAUAUGCGUGGCGAAUAUUGACUAUUACUCAGAGACUUUUAACACACAACACACGCAAUAUAUGUAACUGAAUGCAAAGACCUGAGAAAACAAUAAAGAAGGCACAGUGUUGGUGCUGGUAGCAUUGCACAUGUGUAAACACUAAAUCUGCAUUUGUACAGUCAAAGAGUGAACUGUAAUAGCUACUGCGUUCACAUUACACAAGCAGUGAGGGUUUUUAUUUGUAUUUGAUUAGUGACUUUUAUAUAUGUGUGCACUUGCGACUUUUUUUUUAUACAAACCUGUAAAUAUUAUUGUUUUAUAUAG